AAGGACUGAGAAUGGGAAUGGCGGUUGAGAAGGGAAAGCGAAAACGAAGCAGCGAUGUUCAAAGAAAAGAGAAGAAGAAGAAAAGUUUGAGGAAGGAGAAUGAGUCAUCAAUUGAAAAGAAAACAAGUGAGCAAUUACGUUUCUUCGUGGAAGAAUUUGAGGCGGCGAAGGGUGUUGAGCUUUCAUCACUGGAGUUGGAAUCCCUCAAUAGAGAGAGCAAUUGCAUUUUGGAGGUAUUAGAAGAAGCAGAUUCAGAUGUGAAAGUAUUAGGCAAAAGUAUCAAAGCAGCUUUUGGGGCGUCAUGGAGAGAGGCACUGUGCGAAGGCGAUGGAGAUGGCGGAAAAGUCGAUAGUGGGAGUCCUUCAGUCCUUAUUCUAACUUCCUCUGCCUUAAGAUCCAUACAUCUUUUGAGAGGCUUUCGCUCUAUGACUAAAGAAUGCCAUGCUGUAAAGUUGUUCUCUAAGCAUAUGAAACUCAACGAACAGAUUGCUUUGUUAAAAAAACGUGUUAACAUUGCCAGCGGCACACCAAGCAGGAUUAAGAAGCUAAUUGACGCUGAGGCGUUAAGCCUUUCAAGGUUACAAGUACUUGUGCUUGACAUGCAUCCUGAUGUAAAGGGCUAUUCGUUGUUUACCCUUCCACAAGUCAGAGAUGAAUUCUGGGACCUGUUCAAGAAUUAUUUUUAUCAACCGAUGAUACGGGGUGAUAUGCGUGUUUGUCUCUAUGGUUACCGGGUGGCUGUUAGUUUAAAGGGCAAACAUAAACGAGGACACACUGUUCCUGAUACGUGAUAAUCAUCCAUGUUUUGACUUAGGCUUGUAUUCUUCCGAUUAAUUAUUUCAUUAUAAUACGUUUAUCAUCGAAUGGCAUCUGUGUUUUGAUGAAAUGACUAGUCUAGUCUUACUACUGUUGAGCUUUUCUAUCGUGAUAAGUGAAAUUGAAAUUAUUGUAACGCAGGAAAUGGAAUCUAUUUUGUUUAACGUAUGUCCUAAUGAAUUGCGUAGCAUACGCUGAUCUCAUCAUAGAUAAUUUCAAUUGAAGGUAUAACUAAUUUGAAGUUUGCAUUUUGCGAUGUGAUAUGACAACAGGAUAAAAAAAAUAGUAAGAUCUAGAGCUUUCGUCAAUAGAAAAUUUUAACAAAAACAACGUUAAAAUUCAUUAAAAUGAAAAGA